CACUGUCGUCGUCGAUUCAAGUGUUCGUUGCCUUUCUCGGUACUCCUCACAUCCUGCGUUCUCUCCCCUCUACCAAGCUCUCGUCUGUCUGCCCGGAAAGGUCAUCUCUUGUGUGUACGUGGCAUUGCCCAUCAAGGGGCCUUCCUGGCGGGAACCGCUGGUUGCGAGGCGCCAUGGGUGGGUGUGGACAAGGAUGUGAUGGCUGCAUGGCCUUCGAUCUUUAAUAGCUCCGGGGACUUCUUCAGGCCCCCCUGCCACCGCCUGUCUGUGAGCACUCACUGCUGGCCAGUCACACCGGCACAUCAGGCCAAGCCGAAUGGGACCUCGUUUUGUGGACAAACCCCGUCCCGUCAACGUUGGCCGACGUUUUGUUGUUCGGAAACACCCCUGGGAAUGGCAGCACGCUCUCACAGAGAUCACCCUAGCACCCUGGCACAGACUCAAACGAUGCCCAUUCGUAGUGUAUCCGUAUUGGCGCUUGUGCUGUUUAUUACCCGUUGCCAUUUGCUGGGUGUUCGGAUUUCCUGCUUCAAUGGCGACAUGUGUCGCAGCGCAAUACCGCCGCAGCGUCUGGGGUAA